AUGGAUUACGGCAAUUACUUUUCGACCUCAUCCGAUUUGACCAAUCCUUUUAUAUCAUUCGCUACCUCGAACCAGUCCAGUCAGGUCUCCAACAGCACCUCCCAGCAGUUGGCCAACUCGGCGUUGUAUAACAACUACAGUAACUCGUACGGUCAUAUUGCUAAUGGCUCAAGGUAAGUUUUGAUUACUUCACAGUAUGUUCUUUAUUAUUAACAGCCAGAAACGAAGACGUUCUGUUAUAAUCACUUGCUUUGGUUUCAGAAUUCAUCUACCAAACACACAGGCCAAUUCCAGUUCAGCUACAGUACCAGUCACCCAACCAACAGCUAAUGACUAUAAACCUACCGCUGAUUCAAUCCAAAUGUUCCUUAACACAGGUAUGCUAUGAAAGUUGCACAACAUUCAUUCUGAAUUAUUGUACUCAUAGACCACUUAUGUUGAUUUUCAUUAUUAAACAUUACUUUUCAAACCUCUAUUGUAAGCCGUUUUAGGAUUACAAUACAAAUUCUAUCCACCGUCAACCCCUUUCACUUUAUCAAACACAACAUCAGCCAAUCUGUUACCAUCGAACAGCUCGGCGUCGUUGAUGGCAUCUCUACCUGGACAUUCUUUCGUUGGGGCAUUGUGUGGAAACACACUAGCUCUAGGCAACCCGAACGAACGACGAAAACAGCGAAGAAUACGAACAACGUUCUCUCCAAGCCAGUUAAGAGAACUUGAAAGAGCUUUUGCUGAGAGCCAUUACCCAGACAUCUAUACAAGAGAAGACCUUGCUAUGAGGAUUGAUCUGACAGAAGCUCGUGUUCAGGUUUGGUUUCAGAACAGAAGAGCCAAGUUCAGGAAACAAGAAAAGAUCAAGAAACUGAAGGAACAAGGUCAGGUCGCUCUUACGGAAGCCAUAACUAAUGAGGAAGAGAAUCAAUUCUAA